UUGCCCUCCCUCCGAGUCCCUCACGUUACAGGUUCCCCCUCAGUCACCUCAUUCUGGGCAGUGAAGUACUGUUUCAAUAGAUGCGCUAAGCGGCUCAGUCGGUGCUACUUUAUUUGCUUGUGGAAAUGCGCUCACUUGGUGGGUAAGAAGAGUAGGUACAGAGAUUGAGUAUGGUUUCCGUUGUCAUCCUUGGGGUUAUGAGUCAGCAGUUGCAGGGACCCACAGCAUUUUAAACAUGCCGUUGAAGUAGUGCACUAGGAAUAUUUAUUGUGGAUGUUGCAGUGUGCAUUUUAGAACAAAAGGAAAAUAAUUCCAGCCAAAUAUAACUGGGAAUUCAUAACUUGUAUUACAUUUUCCAAGGAAGAGAUUUGGAAAAUGUUCCUCUAAAGAGACAAAUGUGAAGAUACGACUUUGGGGGAAAUUAUGACUUAAAGUGUAGGUAGAAAUGGAGAGUUUUUACAAAGUUGUCCGCAGAAUUUGCAGUGUUCCAGGAUGAGUUUACUGUCCAAGAAUGGAGCAAGUCUGGAAGGGGUGAAGGACCCUUCAAACCAGAAAUGUGGCGGGAGGAAGAAGACCGUGUCUUUCAGCAGCAUGCCCUCAGAGAAGAAGAUCAGCAGCGCCCACGACUGCAUCAGCUUCAUGCAGGCCGGUUGCGAGCUAAAGAAGGUGCGGCCCAACUCACGCAUCUACAACCGCUUCUUCACCCUGGACACUGACCUCCAGGCCCUUCGCUGGGAGCCCUCCAAGAAAGACCAGGAGAAGGCCAAGCUGGACAUUGCAGACAUCAAGGAGGUCCGGCUGGGGAAGAGCACAGAAACCUUCAGGAACAAUGGGCUUGCGGACCAGAUCUGCGAGGACUGUGCCUUUUCCAUACUCCAUGGGGAAAACUAUGAGUCUCUGGACCUGGUGGCCAACUCCGCUGAUGUCGCCAACAUCUGGGUGUCUGGACUGCGUUACCUGGUGUCUCGUAGUAAACAACCCCUGGAUUUUAUGGAGGGCAACCAGAACACCCCACGGUUCUUGUGGUUGAAAACAAUGUUUGAAGCCGCAGAUGUUGAUGGGAAUGGGAUUAUGUUGGAAGACACCGCUGUCGAGUUAAUAAAACAACUCAACCCUACCCUGAAGGAAUCCAAGAUCAGGUUAAAGUUUAAAGAAAUCCAGAAGAGCAAAGAAAAAUUAACCACCCGAGUGACCGAAGAGGAGUUUUGUGAAGCUUUUUGUGAACUUUGCACUCGGCCAGAAGUGUACUUCUUACUUGUGCAGAUAUCAAAAAACAAAGAAUAUUUGGAUGCCGAUGACCUCAUGCUGUUUUUGGAAGCGGAGCAAGGGGUCGCCCACAUCACUGAGGGGAUGUGCUUGGACAUCAUCAGGAGGUUCGAGCUUUCUGAGGAAGGGCGGCAGAAGGGGUUUCUUGCCAUCGAUGGCUUUACUCAGUACUUACUGUCACCAGAAUGUGACAUUUUUGAUCCCGAGCAAAAGAAGGUUGCCCAAGAUAUGAGCCAGCCCUUGUCUCACUACUACAUCAAUGCCUCCCAUAACACCUACCUAAUAGAAGACCAGUUCCGGGGCCCGGCUGAUGUCAAUGGCUACGUGAGAGCUUUGAAAAUGGGCUGUCGCAGCGUUGAACUGGACGUAAGCGAUGGUCCAGAUAACGAACCGAUCCUUUGCAAUCGAAAUAACAUGAGCACACCCCUGUCCUUCCAGAGUGUCCUGGAGGUGAUUAAUAAAUUUGCCUUCGUUGCUUCCGAGUACCCGCUCAUCCUCUGCCUGGGGAACCACUGCUCCCUGUUGCAGCAGAAGGUCAUGGCGCAACAGAUGGAGAAGGUCUUCGGCGAUCAACUCUACACGGAAGCCCCCUUGCCGUCCGAAUCCUACCUCCCGUCACCAGAAAAAUUGAAAAGGAUGAUUAUCGUGAAGGGAAAGAAGCUGCCUUCUGACUCAGACGCACUGGAAGGAGAAGUCACAGAUGAAGAUGAAGAGGCCGAAAUGUCUCGCCGGAUGUCUGUCGAUGACAGUGGUGAGCAGAAACACAUAUGGCUGUGUCGUGAGCUGUCUGAUUUGGUAUCCAUUUGUAAAUCUGUUCAGUACAGGGACUUUGAACUGUCUAUGAAAAGCCAGAACUAUUGGGAAGUUUGUUCAUUUAGUGAAACAGAGGCCAGCCGGAUUGCGAAUGAAUACCCAGAAGAUUUUGUGAAUUAUAAUAAGAAGUUUUUAUCAAGGGUCUACCCAAGUGCCAUGCGGAUUGACUCCAGUAACUUGAACCCACAGGACUUUUGGAAUUGUGGCUGUCAGAUUGUGGCAAUGAAUUUUCAGACUCCGGGUCCGAUGAUGGACCUGCACACGGGCUGGUUCCUUCAGAAUGGGGGCUGUGGCUAUGUUCUGCGGCCAUCCGUCAUGCGGGAUGAAGUUUCCUACUUCAGCGCCAACACGAAGGGCGUCGUGCCUGGCGUGUCUCCUCUGGCCCUGCACAUCAAGAUCAUCAGUGGGCAGAAUUUCCCAAAGCCCAAGGGAGCGUGUGCCAAAGGAGAUGUCAUCGAUCCCUACGUGUGCGUGGAAAUACACGGAAUCCCGGCUGACUGUGCCGAGCAAAGAACUAAAACUGUGCAGCAAAACAGCGAUAAUCCUAUUUUUGAUGAAACUUUCGAGUUCCAAGUAAACCUUCCCGAGCUGGCCAUGAUCCGCUUUGUGGUUCUGGAUGAUGACUACAUCGGGGAUGAGUUUAUAGGGCAGUACACCAUCCCGUUUGAAUGCCUGCAGCCCGGGUACCGGCACAUUCCCCUGCGCUCCUUCGUGGGCGACAUUAUGGAGCAUGUGACCCUGUUUGUCCACGUAGCGAUCACGAAUCGGAGUGGCGGGGGGAAGGGGCAGAAGCGCAGCCUCUCUGUGCGGAUGGGGAAGAAGGUCCGGGAGUACACCAUGCUCAGGAGCAUCGGCCUCAAAACCAUCGAUGAUGUCUUCAAGAUAGCAGCUCAUCCCUUACGGGAAGCCAUCGAGAUGAGAGAAAACAUGCAGAACGCCGUAGUGUCCGUGAAGGAGCUGUGCGGGCUGCCGCCCAUCGCCAGCCUGAAGCAGUGCCUGCUCACGCUGUCCUCGAGGCUCAUCACCGGCGACAACAGCCCCUCCGUCUCCCUGGUGAUGAGAGACACCUUCCCGUACCUGGAACCUCUGGGCACCGUUCCUGACGUGCAGAAGAGGAUGCUGGCUGCUUAUGACCUGAUGAUUCAAGAGAGCCGGUUUCUCAUAGAAAUGGCAGAUGGAGUUCAGGAGAAGAUUGUCCAGUGCCAGAAAGCAGGGAUGGGCUUCCACGAAGAGCUGCAUAAUCUGGCAGCGAAGGAAGGCUUGAAAGGAAGGAAACUCAACAAGGCGGCCGAGAGCUUUGCGUGGAACAUCACGGUGCUGAAGGGCCAAGGAGACCUGCUGAAGAGCGCCAAGCAUGAGGCCCUGGAGAACAUGAAGCAGGUCCAGCUGGCCUGCCUGUCCUGCGGGCUGAGCCGGGCGCCAGGCGGUGGCACCGAGGCCAAGGGCAAGCGCAGCCUGGAGGCCAUCGAGGAGAAGGAGGGUGGCGAGGACAACGGGCGGCCCUGACCGCCCGCCGGCCGCCCGCGCCGCGCUGGCUUUCUUCACGUUUUAGGAGUUCACACAAAGAUGUGCUCUGUGGGGUGUCGGACAGAGACGUGUUUUCACAAUGUCAGUAUUUCAGUGUAGUUAAUUUAUCUAAGUUAAAACCUUUAGAUGCAGUGUUUUAAAUCCUGAGAUGUGUGUACUCACCUGUGUGUGUGUGUGUGUGUGUGUGGUGUGCACAAGAGAGAGAGAUUGAAAUCCAUUCUGUGUUGCAUUAUUCAUAUUAUUCAUUUAGUAAAUUAUUCUCUUGUCUGUAUCAUCAUUUUGGGACAAAUUUGUUAAUCUGAAAUUCUAAUGAGCACUUCCUGUAACCUGAUGCUGCGUUGAACUUUACGUCUCUGCCUCUGUCAUUACUUUAGAGAUCUUAGCGUAGCUUAUGAUUAAAGAAAGCCAAAUUUGCCAAAGCAUAGGUGUUUUGAUAGAUUAAGUAUAGAUUAAAAAUUCUUAAGAAUCACAGUAGAAAUUUUAAAAACUGAGAGAUUAAACAAAUGUUCAGAAGUGCUGGAAAGAUUAACAAUAGUCGUUUCUUCAGUCAGCAAACUCUUUAAAAUGCCAAAUAAAUCAAUGUUUAGGUAGUUUCCUGUAGUCAUUUACUAAACAUACAAUUUCAGCACUCACAGAGGAAUUUGUACCCACUCGUGUAGCACUCAGAAACACACAGAAAGCAGGAUUUGGGCGUGACAGUAACAUUCACUUACGGAGUUUCAGGAUUUGUAGACAGAUUUCAUUUCUCCAAACUGGGAGUCUAGCAUUCGUUUCCUGCAGCAAACAUGGGCACUGGGGGUUGGCUUUAAAGAGACUCAAUGCAGGGGACUAAAUUUACAUUUACGCUCUGCUCAGACAGUGCCGUACCAUCAGGCCGAGCCCACACAAAUUCUGUGGGUCAGUUAACAUCUUCCCGAUGAUUUCAGAACUAACUGAACACAAAACAUCUAUCAUUUUAACACAUACAGAAAAACACAUGUGAAAAGAAACAAACGACUAAUUAGGGUACAUAUAUAAUUACAUCUAAAUCAUUUUUACCCUAAUGUCUUCAUAAAGUACUUGAGUACAAUGUUAAUUACCUCCAACAGAACUAAAUGUUCUAUGGUUAUGAAAGAAUGUAUUUAUUUAAAACAUUGCUUUUAUUUUGAAAAGCUUCUUAAUUAAUUUGAUUAACAAAUAUGCUAAUUGGGGGGACUCUAGAGAAGAGAAUUGUUGAAAUUUUGCAAAUAUAAACAUCUUCCUCAGCUACUGUGUUGCUUCUGAGUUCUUGACACUAUUAUGUUCAUGGUGCACAUUACUGAGAGAGUAAAGAUCGUGAAAAGCA